CACAGCGAAGUCCUGGGCCGGGAUGACUGGGGGCAGGCUGACUUUCCCUCCGACAAAAACCCUUUUGUCCACGGGAAUAAAUACCGAAGUCCCAGAGGAGCAGCCUCCCCAGUUCGUGUGUAGUAAGGUGUGCAGCCUCAGCGGCGUCUGGGCAUAAAGCUCCGCGGACUUAACUCACCGCUGGCCCCGGGGCUUACCAUCCUCGCCCACACCCCGGAAGGAGGGCCCAGUAAGUGACCUGAAAGAGACCAAGUGUGCUUGCUCUGCGGCUGAGUCAGGCUGCCGGGUCCUGUUGCUCCCUGUCCUGUAAGUUCAGAGCCGAUGGUGUGGAUAAACUGAGGGAGCAGGGAAAAGUGACAGAAGUCAGAACCUGCACCGAGGGCAUUGCCAAGACAUGGAGGACGCUGGAGACUCUCUGAAUGGCAGUGAUGAUGUCUCGGAACCAGAAAAACCUGAAGCCAGACUUGAAGUGGCUCAGUCGAUCCUGAGCAAGUUCUCUAUGAAAACUUUGUUUGGGUUUACAAGUAAGUGGGACUCUGUGAAGCCUGAUGAGAAAGACGCGGUACUGAAGGCAUUCCACAGUUUAGUUGUGGAUCCCGUACCUCAGCGGGAUGAUCCCAGCCAGGGCUCGGAUUGCCAGGCGGCAGAGGCACGGGUUCUACCUGACCUUGGAAAUGAUGGCAAGACUGCAGGGGUGGAGCCGGAGUCAGAGGGAAAUCAAGGAAUAGCAGGUUCAGGGAUUUCUCUCCCUGGGCAAGAGCUGCUCCCACUCAGAACUCAGAGUGUGGACAGAGACGAUGUCAUUUUGGUCCGUGGGACCCUUGUGAACACCACCAGUGAUUCCGACUCUGAUGAUGGUGGCCAGCAGCCAGAAGAGGGAAGCAACACCAGCCGCCCACAGUCCCCCAGUGUUUUAACUGAGCCAUCUCAGGAUCCCAAAGAAAAGCCACGUGACUGUAGGGAAAAUAGCACCACUGGGGAAAGGGAUGAUGCAGAGGUCUGUGCAGAAGGUCCUCAGAGGACUCCAUCUGAGAUAAGUAGCAAACCGCAACUUGGUGAUGGUAGCCUUCAGACAGAGCACAGCCCCACCCAAGGACAAGCUGCAGAAGAAAGUUCCCCAGUCCUCCCCGUGGUAACAGACCAGAACUUGAGAGUCGGUGUCACUGAGAAUGCCUCGUCUAAAAAAGAAGUCCCUGGAGAGAAGUCAUUGCAGCUUCCAGCCUUUUUUAGCGGGCUUCGUGUGCUCAAGAAGGGGGCUACAGGUGAGGGAGGGAAGACCAUCACUGAAAUUAAACCAAAAGAUGGCGACCUGGCUUUGCUCAAAUUGACACAGCCUGUUCAGAAGUCCUUAGCGCAGGCAGGGCCUCAGACAGUGAAGACUGGGGAGAAGACAACUGACCCGAAGGCCACUCCCACUCUCCUGGAGCAGCUCUCUCAGCUGUUCAUCCUUGACAUGCCCAAAGCGGAAGUGAAGGCAGAAGACCCUGAGCAGCCCAGGAAGGAGGAGAUGGGCUGCAGUGCUGCCCAGGAGAGCCAGAGCGGCCCCAGUGGAGCCCAGACCCGGGGUGGAGAGGUCAAGCCAAAGCCUCCAGAGACAGCCCUCGAGGCCUUUAAAGCCAUAUUCGUUCGCCCCCCCAAAAAGGGGACCACAGCUGACACCUCUGAGCUGGAAGCUCUCAAGCGUAAGAUGAAGCAUGAGAAGGAGUCCCUAAGAGCUGUGUUUGAAAGAUCAAGGUCAAGGCCAGGGGAUGGCUCCUCUGAUUCCAAAAGCCCCGACCACAGCCCCACUGAGCAGGACGAUAGGACUCCGGGCAGACUCCAAGCUGUCUGGCCACCCCCGAAGACAAAAGACGCAGAAGAAAAAGUGGGAUUGAAGUACACCGAAGCAGAAUACCAAGCUGCUAUUUUACACUUGAAGAGGGAACACAAAGAAGAAAUUGAAAACCUACAGGCUCAGUUUGAACUCCAGGCAUUUCAUAUCCGGGGGGAGCACGCAGUGGUUACGGCAAGACUAGAAGAAACCAUUGAAACUCUCAAACGGGAGACAGAACACCGAUGGCGAGGAGGACGUGAAGAGAUGAGAGAUGUAUGUAUCUCCACUGACGAUGACUAUCCUCCAAAGACCUACAGAAAUGUGUGCAUCCAGACAGACAGAGAGACAUUUCUCAAACCCUGUGAAGGUGAAGGCAAGACAAUCAGAAGCAACCAGAUAAUACCCAAAAAGCUGAAUAUCUCCUCUCUAAGUCAGCUCUCUCCCCCAAAUGACAACAAAGACACCCAUGUAGCACUUCAGUCUGUGGAAGGCCUCUCACCAAGUCAGCAAAAGGCAUCGCCUCCCCCUCCUGCACCACCCCUACCAGCAGCCACCCCUCCCCCUCCCCCUCCUCCUCCUCCCCUCCCACCUGGACUUGGACCUUUGCCACCAGUACCUCCACCACCACCUGUGAGUGCUGGACCGCCACCCCCUCCGCCCCCUCCUCUGCCUCCAAGUGCCGGGCCUCCUCCGCCUCCUCCUCCACCACCACUUCCCAAUUCUCCUGCUCUGCCCACCAGUGGGGGGCCUCCUCCUGCUCCACCACCUCCAGGACUUGCACCCCCACCUCCUCCUGGACUCUUCUUUGGAGUUGGCCCUUCUUCUAGCCAAUGUCCUCGGAAGCCAGCCGUUGAGCCGAGUUGCCCCAUGAAGCCUUUAUACUGGACUAGAAUACAAAUAAGUGAUAAAAGCCAAAAUGCUACACCAACCUUAUGGGAUUCCUUAGAAGAACCUGAUAUUCGGGAUACUAGUGAAUUUGAGUAUUUAUUCUCCAAAGACACAACUCAGCAGAAGAAAAAACCUCUGUCAGAGACCUAUGAGAAAAAGAACAAGGUCAAAAAGAUCAUCAAGUUAUUGGAUGGAAAACGAUCUCAAACUGUGGGAAUCUUGAUAUCUAGUUUGCAUUUAGAAAUGAAGGAUAUCCAACAGGCCAUUUUCAAUGUGGAUGACUCUGUGGUUGAUCUGGAGACUCUGGCAGCCUUAUAUGAAAAUAGAGCACAAGAGGAUGAACUGGUUAAAAUAAGGAAGUAUUACGAGACAUCCAAAGAAGAAGAAUUGAAGUUGCUGGAUAAACCUGAGCAAUUUUUACAUGAGUUAGCCCAGAUCCCGAAUUUUGCUGAACGGGCCCAGUGCAUAAUCUUCAGAUCUGUCUUUUCGGAGAGUAUCUCCUCCUUGCACCGAAAGGUAGAGAUCGUCACAAGAGCUUCUAAGGGCUUGCUGCACAUGAAGAGUGUGAAGGAUAUUUUAGCUCUCAUUCUGGCUUUUGGAAAUUAUAUGAAUGGAGGAAAUAGGACUCGGGGACAAGCAGAUGGAUAUAGCUUAGAAAUUUUGCCCAAACUCAAGGACGUCAAAAGUCGGGAUAAUGGGAUUAAUCUGGUUGACUAUGUCGUGAAAUAUUACCUGCGUUACUAUGAUCAGGAAGCAGGAACAGAAAAGAGUAUUUUCCCUCUGCCUGAACCACAAGAUUUCUUUCUGGCUUCCCAAGUCAAGUUUGAAGACCUCAUAAAAGAUUUGAGAAAACUGAAGAGACAACUAGAAGCAAGUGAGAAACAGAUGAUCGUGGUAUGCAAGGAGUCACCAAAGGAGUAUCUCCAGCCUUUCAAGGACAAACUAGAAGAGUUCUUCCAGAAAGCCAAAAAUGAGCAUAAAAUGGAAGAAAGUCACUUGGAGAAUGCACAGAAAAGUUUUGAAACAACAGUAGGAUAUUUUGGGAUGAAGCCCAAGUCCGGUGAGAAGGAAAUCACACCCAACUAUGUGUUUAUGGUAUGGUACGAAUUCUGCACUGACUUCAAGACCAUUUGGAAGCGGGAGAGUAAAACUAUAUCUAAAGAAAGAUUGAAAAUGGCUCAGGAAUCAGUCAGCAAGCUGACAUCAGAGAAGAAAGUGGAGACAAAGAAAAUCAAUCCCACGGCUAGUCUGAAAGAAAGACUGCGUCAGAAGGAAGCCAGCGUGACCACUAACUAACACAGAGCCAUGUGAGAAUGACAGCAGCAAGAUGCAUUUUCUUGCAUCGUCUUUUGCAACACUAGUGCUGCAGGAAGUUCUUGGAAGCUACGCCACCAAAUGUUGGUUUUGCUCAUCUCUUUCUGAGGUCAUUGCAGUAAGCACCUCGUGCCUUCUUAAGGGAGUCCCUUGUUAAGCCACGGGAACAAUGAGAAAUUGUUUAAGGGAACAUUGUAGGGAUAUUUGAUGAUUGUUUCUUGUAGAGGUCCAAAGUCAUGCCAUUACAACACCAGAAGAAAUACCAAGAUUUUCCAAAUGUGUUUAAAAGUGGAGAUUUCAAGCUUUCUAACCCAAGCUUGAUAUAUAUAAACUUGUGACAGAAAAAGAGAAGGAUCUUUUAUGACAAUUGCCUUAAGAGGAUUCGAGCCUUGAUCUUUCCACACUGCUGGUGUGACUAUUGAUCUUAAUUUUGAUCCUGUUGUGGCAAGAUCCUACAGUAUUUUUCUCACCAAAAAUGUUGAAACUUACCAAAAUUAUUUUUUAAGACAUCCAAGACUAUGGAUUUUCCAGAGGAGAGAAAUGGUUAUUUUGUUGUUGUUGUUGUUGUUGUUGUUCAUAUAAUGGAAAGGACAGAAAAUGGAAUUGUACAUGGGUAGAGAGGGAGUUAAAUAGCCAUAAACUUCACCCUGGAGAAGAAAUUACUGUACGGGGAGUUGACAUCAGCUGUUAAGCAAGACCCAUUCUUUUGUUUUUAUGUGAGUUCAUUGUGGUUUCCUUGUCCAGCAGAAAUUCUCUACCCUUAUUCUUGAAAGAAACAGUGAUACCCAAGCCAACACAGGCUUGGAGGUCAAAGUACCUGCUUGGGCAAGUGGCCCAGUCCCAGCACAUUUCACAUUUCAGAAUGUUCGUGAAUGGGUAAGGCCAUGUUGGCAUUCAGCUGAGCUCUGCAUCAUGUUCUGGGACUGUGUGUGUCUGUACCUCUCCCACCAACCUCAGGAGGCAAUUUCCAGACAAGAGAGCAAAUGCUACUCACAGCCUUUCAUCAUGACACUGACAGGCGUGUGACCUAGGGUGAAGCAGGAGUCUUUGAUGUUGAAAAAAUUAAGACCAUAAAAAAGAUUCUUUACAUCAAAAUGAAAAGAAGGUGAUUACAUUAAUAUUAAGCUUUGAGUGGAAUAUCAUGGACAGGCAGCUUUUUCUGACGCUGGGAGCCCAUAUGAUCGCUGCCCCUUGAAUCACAAGGGAAACCACCUUGGACCUCUCCCCUGACAUUUUUUUCCUUAAGUCACCUCUCUUCUAAUCUAUCUUGUGAGAGGAGAAGAGAGAGGACUGGGCUUGAAUUGAGAAUAGGAUCAAAGACUAUCCAUUUUCGGCCUUGAAGGGAAAGAGGUCCAAGCCUUCUCCAGUUGGUGGAUGACAGUCUAGAGGUGGGUAAGAACCUUAAAACCCUUCCUGAUUGGGCUGCCAUGUGUGGCCUUGCCCCCGGCCCCAGCCUUUUCCCAGAACCUCUCAAUUUGCCAGGUACCUGAGUGUCCCCCCAGGACUGCCUGCUAAUCAUCAGUCCCCUCAGGGACUCCCUAAUAGAGUCAGCUAAUUAAAGCAGCCCUGUAUUCUAAUAUAAUGCAGUCAGGAUCAAAUCAAAUCACAGAGGCCAUAUUUGUGCAGGUGUUAACCACCUUCUCUAAUAAUUCAAAAGAAAGGAAUAUGGUAGCAUGGUUGGGUCUUUUUUUUUUUCUCCCCCCAAUUCAAAAUAAGAGAUGAGACAAGCAAAACAAAAAAGCUGGUAAGGAGCUGAUAUUACUAAAAGAAGUUGCUCGUGAGCCAGAAGCUUUCCAUACUGCUUUCUUAUAUUGUUUCUCUUCAUUUUCACUCAACUGUGAAGAAAACCUAAGAAAUUCAUUGAUUUAAAACAAAUUCCACUUACAGUCAUCCUGUGCUCUGGGACAUUCCUUCUAAUUUUAUCGUGCAGAAGAAAAGUGCCUGUCUUUUCCAUGCUCGGGGGACCAACUCUGAGUUCAGUGAGAUCAACAUAUGUCUAGAUCCUCAUUGGUUCCCACAGACUUGAUGGGCGAGCGCAGCAUGUGCUUUCAGUGGAGUCACUGGUCCACUUCAGGUCUCUAAAGAGGAUACUCACAAGAAAAUCACUGACAGUAAACAGGCCUGUCACUAUGGCCACAUAACCCUGCAAGAACAUGCUCUCAGGGAACCAGUGCUGAAGAAGAAUGAGUGGAAAUAUUUAAUGUGAGAAUUAGACAAAGGCAGCCCAAGUUGGAUUCCAUUCACAUGGACAGAUUAGCCACUGGCAGUAAAAUGCCUAUUUCUAAAGACUAUACUUUGCCUGCUCUGUUGGUAAACCUGGCGAUUUUGUCAGACUAGUUAAAUAUAAUAAGUUAGUGCAUUAAGACACUAGGGCAGAAUCUCCAUUAUUCUCACCCAUUUUGGGUCCUGCAUUGUGUAUCUGGAUGCCCCCUCCAUACAUUCACUGCAGUGUUGGCACAGCCUUUGUUUCUAACGGAAGUCGAUGCUCAGUGAAAUUUCACAAGAGCUUGUUCAAGGUGGGCCAUCUAAAACAACCUGGAGCCCCUUGAAAUUAUCCCUCUAAAAUGCAAUUGAGAUUAUGGUCAAAUGCAACAGCUGUCUCUAAAGGUUUCAUAGAGAGGAAGUAGUUAGUAUACCACUUAAGCAGCUUGAGCAUUUCAGGCAAGCAGGGUUUAAGUGGCUUUUCUAAGAACAGCCUUCCCCAAACUAGAGAGAGAGUGGCCAGUAUUGCUACUCUGUGUUUAACCAGACACUCACACCCAACUUUACUAGUCAGGCUCUGAAAAACCUUGACUUAGAAGCAACAUCGUCUCUUCCUAGCCAGGAGUCAUUACAUCUGAGGACAUGGUUGGAUAGCAGUUUAGACUCUUGCAUGAGUAACCUGCAAUCAUCAUCAAGCAUGCAAGUAUAUCAUAUAUUACACUAAAACAUGAUAUAAACAUGUUAGGUGAAAAGCAUCAGGCCUGUGAGACGUCAAAGAUGAGGUUAGAAGGAGGUGUACUGUAUGGCUUUUAACACAAAAGGCAGCUUAAUGGUGCGGGUAGGGGCGGAGGGCACAGAAAGAGAAAAGUGUGGCCAAGCAGAAAUAGAUGAUCAUGAUGAUGAUGGACCUGCUGCCUUUUGAAUCCUUGAGUUGACAUGUCUCUUCAAAUGCCCACCAAAAGUACCUAGGAAUAAUGGAAAAACAAUUUCUGAAAUCUGGGAAGUAGAAUAAAGAAACCCAGCUGUGUGAGUACAUCUUUAAAUGUUCUAGCCAAAACAAAUUGGCAGUAUGGUUGAGGAAUCAAUUGCCAGAUUGGGUGCUAGUCUUGGACCCCUCUUACCCCCCAGUAAGCUACUGAGCCCCCCCUUAGGCACCUCUUUUUUUUCCUAAGAACCAUAAGGAAAGGCAUUUCCUAAAUGAACAGCUUAUAUGAUGCUGGUGGAGAAACUGGAGAAACUGAAGGAAGGAAUGAAACUCUGGGGGUGGUAUUGGAAACCUCCUUGCUACGGUUCUUCCAAGGACCAGGAUUGGAUGUAGCAGAAGAGUCAUGUUAUUUUUGGAAAAGAUUUGCCUGUUGGCCUGGGAUUGUACAUCUCUCUGUAGAUUAUACUGUGCACAAUGGGGCAUUUUCAUGUUAAUUAUAUUCUUGCUUUCUCGAAUGUUGUAUUUUCUCAUUUCUGUUUCUGCUUCUCCCUUGCCUGACAUCAUAGACACAGAUCACUGCACACAACAUUGCAUGCAGCAGUAUAGCCUAAGACAGCGCCUAGUCCAAGUAUCAAGGGGAAUUAGCAAUGCAGACCUGCAGCCUCUUUCCCUGUGUACCAGACUAUAACCUUAAGAGGAAAACCUCUUCGUUCCCUGACUUCCUAAAUCAGCUUAUUUUGUAGUACUCUCCCUUCCUCAAAUAAAGAUAAAACCAACUUGGGGCUUUCUGUGUCAGGGAGGAGAAAGAAGUCCAAAAUACAUAGCUUUUUUUCCCAAAAAAUAUCUGGUCCAAAUAUCAAAUAUAUCAUUUUAUAAAGUAGAUUUGUGCAUUAUUUUCUUUGAUUCUGCCUGUUCUUAAAAAAAAAAAAAUGACCAAAAGCUGGAAGGGAAAGAAAAAGCAUCAGAUUUGGUAAUUUGCAAAUUAGUUUAUUAAUUUCUAAUUAACAAAACAUGGACAUACUGUGAAAUCCAAUGUUGUGGAAAUCCUGAGCACAGAAAAAUUGGAACAGCUGUGCGAGCUGAUGAGCAUGGACAAAGUAAGAGCUCUCUGGGGCCUGCUUGAGACUUUAGCCUCAACCAGGCAAUUUUUAGGGUUUGGAUUCAAAAGAGUCGAAGAUUGCCCUGAAUAGUGUACUUUUUUAAAAGCCACAUACAAGGAAAAGUGGUGUGAUAUAAUGGAAGAAGUGGCCAGACCAUUACACCAUCCUUACUCUGCACUCUCUUAAGAACAGUUGAUAAAUGUGUGGAACAUCUGGAAGGCCAUCAAAACCACAUUUCAUAUAUCAGCUAUUGUACCUUUAGGAACAAUUCAGCUGAAGAAAGUGGGCUGAAUGAAGGAAUGAACUUUCAUUCAUGUCAGCUACUUUGUCAUCAUGAAGAAAUUGGCAACACAAGAGAAACCAGGCUAUGAGGCCAAACUAAUAGUAUUUAAUAUUUGAAAAGUAUGAAUCAUUUUUAGCCUUGCCACAAUGCAAGUAACUUCUUGGUUAUGUUUCCACCUUCUAGCUACAGAGAAAAACAAUCCAGCUGCUUGGAACCUUCCCUAUUAUUGGUGCAAAAGUCACUUAAAGAAAAGCACCUUUGGAAACUGGCCUCCGCAUGGCUGGCUGCUUGCAGACACGCAUCACAGUAUUUAUAACCCCAUUAGCAAUUGAAUCCAGGCAUCACUAGGCUCUUACUCACAGCUGAGAGUGUGACCAAGAGGCCCAUUUUGUGUCAUUUCUACACACACGUCAGUUGUUGACACCUUGUUAGAGCACUGAAUGCUAGUUUCACAAUUCUUCAUUUCCCCUUCCAAGGAGUGGGCAAUCUACCAAACCCUCCCAAAUCGACUCUUUGCUGUGAAGGAGUGAAUUCAAGAGCAUUUUAACAUGCAGGGUUGAAGCCAAUUCAGUAGCCUUAGUUGUGCCAAGACUCUUAAUCAACACUGUGAUAUAAACCUAGCAUUUGGGAAAUUUGUGUAGUUGACAACUUAAUUGGAAAUGUGAAGAUAUUAAAAUGGCAGCCAUCUAACUCUGUCUCUUAAAACCCUCGUGCAGCUUCUACCAGCAGAGAUGUUAAGGAAGCAAAUCAAGCCUCAGUCAGGAGACCAACUGUCCUCAAGGAGAGCUUACUAGGUUCGCUUCCCCUCUACUCCAGCCCCUCUCUCAACCAGCCUGGUGAUAACUAGUAACACAAAAAAACCUCCUUUUCAUCCUUCUCUUCUCUGGUAUGAUGGUUCACUUCAGUCAGGAGCUCAAAUGAACUCCAGACUUUAUUGCAUAUUACAUCUAUGAAGUACUUGUUCAUGAAUUUUGUCUGCAUUCUAUGAUCUGGAGAAGAACAACUUAAUCUCAUUUUUUUUAAUAGGGAAGUGGUAGCUAACACCAUUAAUUUAUCCUUCUGUAUUCCAUCUAUGCUCAUAUAACUUUCUGUUUUUUAAUCUUCUCUUAAAUGUACUAAGAAACACCAGUCUGCUUCCUUUUCUGAAAGCUAACCCAAAUAGUUCUGGGAGCUAUUUUUUAAUGCUUUGUGUGAAAUUUGAUAGCAUUGGGCUAGAAAAACGCAAAUGAGCCCAUAGUUUCCAGCAGAAAUUCACCUCCCAAAAAUUUGUCAUUCUUCUCCAUGGAGUAAGCAACUUCUAUUAUAUUUAGGCUAUUUUGUAGGCUGAGCAUUUCCCUAAAUUCUACCUGUGCAGACACCAAGGGGCUCUCUGUCUUUGAAACUGUAAGGAGGUCUUACGAGAGAGUGAGUAUUUCUCCCCAUAUAUAUAGUGGGAGCCCCCAAUAUGUUAUCUUAUACUUUUCCUGCAUUCAUUCUUAGGCGUGCAUUCACCGUGGUUUGUCAACAUCUUUGGCAAAAUUGUACUUCCUUUCCUUCAUUAUCCUCUUCCAGAGCUUGCUUCUAUUCUUGUCUCAUGAAACAAAUGUAUUUUCAUUCAUUCAACUGGGCCAGCUUUCCAAAAUGAAAGGCUAGUUCCAUAGACACCUGAGUAUACAAGGAAAUUAUUCUCUACCUCCCCAUGGCAUGGACAAUAAAUGUGUUCAGGAAUGAACAACUCUCUGGGAACUCUUGGGAUGAUUUUGAAUUCCAGGGUUCUAUGAGAGGCAAAAAAAAAAUGGGUAUGUAGCAUACAAAAAUUGUACUACUCUUCCCAAUAAGAGGCUAGAAGGAGAUUCAAAAUCUUUACAUCUUUGAUAGGUUUGAGUGAACUAUAAGUAGCUCAUUUUUUUUUCCUUUCUUCUUGACAACUUGUUCCUGGCUAUAAUCUUACUUUUUCAUAUCUGACCCCCAACACAUAAAGAAGGUGGUUUCAGCCUCACUGGGACUGCACUCUUCCAAAGACAUCCAUUUCCUUUGGAAACAAAUCUGUGAGUGAGGGGAAAGUAGUGUAAUUCUCCUGUCUGUCCAGAGUGACGUACGUAGGAUUUUGGGGUCCACCAAAAGGAUAGGUCUAUCCCAAAUCGUUAAUUUUACAAUUCUGUAAUGCUUCAAUUUCUCAAGACACAAAUAAUGUGACCCUACUGUUAGUAAAAUAUAUAAUCUUCAAAGAAUAUAAGCGUUAUGAAAAAAGGACUUCCCUUUAAAGAAGAGUCUAAAACCCUCCUAAAAAGGCAGAAACUUAUAAAAUUCAAAAUUGAACAAUUUUUUUUAGAGAAAACAUGUCAUUGAUUCAUCAUAGUUUUUUCCUCUCACUGAGUUUUAAUUUAGACUAGCAUGGGAAGCAGGGUGCCCCUGGACUUUGAUUUAGGGGAUCGUGCUUUGGCCUGGAAAAUCAGCACUGAGCUGCUGCCCAGAACCUAAGUGAAAUCAGUCAGCAUCCUAAUAGGAAUCAGGCCUAACAAAUGUAAAUUACUUCAAGUCCUUUAGGGCUUAAUUUUCUCAGUGACACCCUGGACCCCAGACACUGCUUCCUAAGAUGCAUUUGAUCCAUGUGGUGAUGUCUCCAUAGGGCUUGGGAGAUUGUAAGCGAUGGGAUGUGGGAGUAGAGCAGGAGACGGGGAGAAGGAAAUUUUGAACAUGGCGGCCAGGGUGCAAUGUUUUGCUGGUCUAAUGCGCUGUUGGGAGGCUGGUGAUUUUUGCCUUGCUUGUAUCAUGGAUGACCUUUCAGUGGCAGCUCCAGGAAUCUCAUCAGGCAAAUGAGAGUGUUCAGUAUCUCCUAUUGGUCAGUGCCUGACAAUGUGCUGGGAAAGCAGGUACCCUAGUGAAACUGGCCUGUGUUCAGAUUCAUUCCCAUAGGGCUGGUUGUGCAUGGGUCUUCCUGUUUUGUCCACGCCUGUCCAAAACUCACUGUGGCACCUACUUCAUGUCACUUUUCUCACUUCAGUACUUGUGCUUUGGCCUCCCCUUCCUUCAGAGCCCACGGCUUUUCCCCUCACUUUACCUUUAUAGUUUCUCCAGAAUCCAGCCUUAAUUACCCCCUCCCUCCCUCCCCUCAAGCCUGAUGCGCCAUUCCCCAGCCCUUUGGACGGGGUGCUCUGCUGUCACCAAGUGAGACACAGCACUGUGACUGCCUCCUGUUAAUGUCAGCAUCACCUCAUCACUUAGGCAAAGAGGGAAAAAUCCAUAAAAGAGAUGGAAAAUACAUUUCUUUUUUCGUCUUAUUCUCUAUUUUAAGAAGGUCUUCGAAGGGAGGGUUCUAGGCCAUUUCAGUUUCUCCUAGAUUGUACUUUAAGCCUGUCUAAUUAGGGACCAUCCUUUGAUAAGUUAUAAAUCAGUCCAGUCUCACCAUCUAGGAUGAGUAAGACUAAAGUUUUGAAUCUGAAGGAACUUUUCUGUGCUGCUGGACAAAUUGACUUAAUUCUGUGCAAACAGUUUGAAUCACAGGCUUUUUAUUGCCACCCCAUUCUUACUACUACUCAUGAUCCAAACAUCUACACGAAUCUGGAUCAGGAUGUUGACAAUUUGUGGUUAUUUUCAGAUCAACAGUAACUGUUACACUCUUGAAAGUGCUUAAAAAGAAAGGGUAAGCAUGUCCUGAGUAAUCAGUCUUUGGACCUGGAAAAAUUUGGCUUCUCUGUUAAAUAUUAGAUCAAUCUGUAGAUGUAAUCUUAAAUUUUCAGCAAUAAUGAAGACAGUUUGGGAAACGAGAAGGCACUUUAAAGACAUGAAACCUUACAUUACAUGCUCUUGGACAUUUUUUAAUAUAAUAAGCUAAUUGGAUUCAGGUAUUUUUUCCCUUUAAAUUUUUAAAAAUAUGUAUUUCUAAUUUGUUUGCAUAUUUAAUUUUGUCAAAGCUGAGAAAUGUUCAUUAGUUGGAUUUGUAAAUGUCAUUUGCAACCAAAUGAAGUAUUUAUUUUUAAAAAGAAAGGGUGAAGGAACCAAUAUUGACUUGUACAUAAUGAAAAUAUAUGUGUGUGUCUAUAUAUAUAUAUAUAUUUUUUUUUUUCUCCUUGACACUAUUUGGUCACCACAUCAAGUGUAUUUUUGUACAUAACAUAUUGGUUAGGAAAUGUAGAUUGUCUAUUCAAAGAAUUCUAUCUCUGUGAUAGAUUAUAUUUAUCCUAAUCUGUUGAUACUUCUGUAAUUUGUUUUAAGAGAUAGAACUCUAUUUUUUGGAAUUUGCAGAGAACUGCACUCAUGGCUUCCAAAUGUAAAUAUGAUGAGAAUAUUUUAAUAAAUCUUGGUUUCACGCCUGCUGGUGUGUGGUGCAGAUUUGUUUUCAAGAGAACUUUGGGCUGUCUCCCAACAGUACUUUCAUAUGGAGAAUACCAGUCAUCUGGAACGUUCCUUACUGAUCAAGUGCAGUGUUAUUACUGAGCUGCAAGAGCUGGGUCUUGACUCCCGCUGCCCACUUCUACCUGCCUGUGAUGUAUUCAUGGAAAUAAAAGACUUGACAGUUGGCCUGCACUGGCCCGGCCUGCAAUAGAUGCCUGCAGCACUUUGGAUGCCUUUAAGUCUUCUCAAAGGAGAGCUACUUCAUGCCCAUCAUUGUGUGAUACUGAAUGGUAAGAGAAGGAACAGUCAGGAUUGCUUGAGACCAUCUCCUCUCAGUCGCAAUGGGAAAGCAUUGCCCAUCUCCUCAAUCCAAGCUUUAUCACUUUAUUACCUGGUUUGCAUGUGAAUUGGUUCAUUCUGGCACUUAGAGGACCCAAGAUGUGGCCGCCCGCUUCCCUGCCCACAGCACUGGGUCACCCGCAGACCAGUCCUCCUAUUUGACAGCACCCAAUGGCAUCUGGGAGCCACAGGGAGAGCCUGCAUGUCUGAACAAAGAACUGGUGCUCAUUCUCAAGAAUGGAGUAUAAAUUGAGGUUCUGGUCCUUUGGGAUAAAAUCCCACAGUCCCUAUACGGUUCUUUCUCGGGCCAUCUCAAGUAAUUUUGAUCACGUAAUUAGUACCUCUUGGGCAUUCACUCAACACAUUGGAAGUCUCCAUUCAGAUGGGAUGGAUUCUAAGUCUUUUGGAAAAGGAUGAAAGAGUAGAGAAGAGGCAGGUGGGCCCAAGUCUGAGAGGACAACUUGAGGCAGUCACUUUAAGAGACCUCCGUUUAAAACAAGUGCUUCUGCUAACAAUUAGUCUGUAAUGUAACGGGUCUAUAGACUGGGUCUUCUAUUUCCUUCACAUUUCUUCAAAACUUCUAGGACGGGGCUCUGUGACCGCUGCUGAAUUGUAUUAGGGACACCUGGCUACUUGGUGCGGCAAGCGUCUGCUUUUGCUCCCAAAUCCAGAGCCUCUCCCGACUAUCCUUCAGAUUUCUAAGAGCCUGUCUUGGGAGCCAUCCCCAUCUGACUUAAAAGCUUCCGCUGCGCCAUCAUUCAUAUUUCAUAACCAUAACGUAAAAAGUGCUUUACAGCCUAAUACCUGAUAUCCGAGGAAUGGACAGAAAACGGGCUAGAAAACUGCCAGAGGUGUGUCCACAAAGUGCAGCCCCUGGGACUGAGCCUGCUGCCAAGGUGAGUAGCACGGAGAAGAGCAGAGAAGAGCAGCUUUUGCUGGUUUCUUAUUCCUUGCUGUUUCAUGGUGCAGCCCCUCUCCUGGGAGUUUACAGGGGUUCUUGGGGAGAAGGAUCAGAAUUUUGCUCAUCAAUCACUGUGUCCAUUUGCAAAGCCUUCUUACAGACAAAACCCCACUCCGGUCUUCACGACUCACAGGCAGAGAGGCAGGGUAGGGCUUAUUAAGGAGCCAGAGCACUGGAGAAGGUGAGUCCCAGUCUUACCUUUUUCUCCCACUGGUAAGGAGGCUUCCAGGAAUGCCUUCACCCCUUAGCUCAACUUUCUCAUCCUAAAAUGUGUGCCGUGCUGCCUGGCUACCUCCCAGGGUGAUUACUGGACUCAAAUAAGAUUCUGUCUAUGAAAAGACUUUUCAGUGUAAUAAAAGGCUAGGUCAGUAUGAGUUCGCCUAAGAUUCCAGAAGAGAAAAUGGAGAUGAAGAGAAGCCAUGACUCACUCAAGGUCCCACGGUACAGUGAAAACAUUUUGAGACUUGAACCCCUUUUCCUUACCUUCUUUCCAGUGUUCUGCCCAGAACAGGCUGACUUCUUGGGGCAGUUGUGCAUGAUUUGAUCCCCUGGAGGGCAGGAACUAGGCCACAUGUUUUUAACCCAUUCAACUGAGGGUCCAGUCAAUAUCGCCUACUUCCUAUUAAUUGAAGGACAUUCCCAAAUGCCAUUUAACUCUUCUCACGGGGGUGAGGUUGGAUUCAGACAUUGUAUCUCCACCAUCAACAAGGCUGGUGAAAGCAAACUCUUGGCCCCCAUCGGCUGCCUCACUCGAGCUGCGUCAAGGACAGGAAGAAAACAUUAAGGGGCUGAAGGCUCUACAGACUGUAGAGAAGGAAGACAUUCUGAGGUGGGUUCCUGCAUUUAAACCAGAUUUUCCUGCUUUAAUAUUUUGCUAGGAAGGGUGUUCUGAAAGGAUCUUUUUCACAAAUCUGGCCAGGACCUGGAGUGGGAAACUUCAUUUUGGAGUAAAACGACUGGAAAAGUCCCUGCCCCCGAGUCGUCUUUGUUUCCUUGAGAAAAAUGUACACGAGACUCUGCCCAGCACUUCUCCAAAGCUACUGGCAUUUUUUUGGCCUCCAUUGAACUACCCCAGUUGCCUAUAUAUAGCCCUGUCUUGUGUAAAGAAUUUAAAAAGCAUUAGGAUGCAGAAAUCAAAGAGACAAUAAAUUUAAAACCAAUCUUAUUGUCUGCAGCCUAAAGUGUUAUUCAGAUCAAAGGGGAGGGGACAUCUGGCUUCUGGCUUGCUACAAAAGGCAGAUCACAUUACCUACCAAUCCCUAGAUUCAGCCACUCUCUCAAUUUUGGGGUCUAGAGAAUAUGGCCUUUUUAUCUCCCAGUGAAGCAUAGUAGGCGAAUCAGUCAGACCUCCUGAUAACUUUUGAAAAUAAAACAAGCUCCACAGGAUUAUAUAAACACGUUCUCAUGAGUUCUGCUCUGUGCCCCUCUGGUCAUGUGUGAGGACUUCAAGAGCUCAAAGCUACGCCAUGUUGUCACCACUCUUCUCCACCCCCACCCCCAAAGCUAGAACUUCCUGAUUUGCAAAUCUAACUUCAUAAUUGAGAAUGCACAUCCACAUGUGAUUAUUUGAAUCUGUUUUGCCCAAAUCACAGUUCGGAACUGAGUCACAGAAGGUGUAGUUGAAAACUUAUGUGCUGCUUUGCCUCCAUUUGGGUAAUAAAAGGAUAGAUUUGUCUUACCAUAAAUUUUCCAUAAUAACAGCUUUGAAAGAAGGGUCAAUUGUGCUCUUUGUCUAGCAAUUCACUUAGUGUCUGUUACAAAUUCUAUGCAUGAUCCAGUUCUAAAUUACAUGAAUAAGAUCUUCCUUGUAGCAUAGAUGAAGGGAAUUAUAGCAAUUUAAAGGCCAUUAUUAAGAUCCCAAACCAGGAACUCUUUAGUCAGUACUUAGCUCUGAUUUCAUUUGUUCUCGUGAGCAAAUAGCACAAAUGCAGGAUAUGGUUUUUGUUUUGUUUUGUUUUUCAGAGCGUUUCGGAGGGGAACAAAGAAGUAAGCAUCACAUUUAAGAACAUCUUCCAGUAAGUCAGUGUCUCAACACAACCCUCUCUUUCCUUACCAAUUCCUCACCCCCAGAAGUCUAGAGAGGAAUGCAGACAAAGCAAUAUGAAUUCUGUCUUGGGGACAUCACAUAAAGCUCCCAGCCUCACUCUUCUUUUACUGAUAUGGUUCACUCACUUUCCAAUAUAAUGGAGAAGGGUUCCAGUAUAAUGGACAAUGAAGGAUCCCCAGAAAUUGCUUGCCAUCGCUCAGCCCCACUUGUAUAUUUCUGUUUCACCACAAUUUUCUUUUACUGAUUCCAGUUUCUCCCUGCAUUAAGGGCCUUCCAGAAACUUACAAAGAAACCAAAAUCUUCUCUUUACUUAUCACCUAAGCCUUCUCUUCUCACCCAUUCUCACCUACCCCAAUCUUUCAGGGGAAAGGUUCUCUGCCAAUCAAAAGUUAGAAAGAAAAAAAUCACCAAGAGAUUUGGCAUGAUCCUAGACUCAUAAUCUCCAAGAGACAUGAUUCUUUUCGAUAAUCCUACUUUGUUUUUCACUAAGAUUGCCAUUUUGUUGCUGAUAAAAGACUGUCAUUCAAAAUACAAAGAAUCUUUGGUGAGAGGUAAGAAUGAAUGGGGAAAUUUUAAUUUUAUUACAUGAGAGUUUCAGAGUAGAAGGAUAUUUGAGGGUCUUCAGUUUCUGGAGGGAAUUGGAAUUAAGAUUUUUCAGUGUAGCAUCUCAUCAACAUUAAUGGCUCUUUAAUUCCAUUUUUUUCUCACAGAAUAGUUAACAUACAAUGUUAUAUCAGUUUCAGGUGUACAACAUAGUGAUUUGACAAUUCUAAACAUUAUACAGUGCUCACCACAGUGAGCGUAGUCACUAUCUGUCAACAUACAGCAUUAUUACAAUAUUAUUGACUAUAUUCCCCAUGCUGUACUUUUCAUCCCAAUGACUAUUUAUUUUAUAACUGGAAGUUUGUGCCUCUUAAUCCCCUUCACUUAUUUCUCCUAUUCCCUCACCCUCCUCCUCUGGCAAACACCAGUUUUCUGUAUUUGUGAAUGUGUUUCUGUUUUUUAUUUGUUUCUUCAUUUAUUUUUUUAGAUUCCACAUAUAAGUGAAAUCAUAUGAUGUUGUCUUUCUCAUUUCACUUAGCAUAAUAUCCUGUGGGCCCAUCCAUAUUGUUGCAAAUGGCAAGAUUUUAUCCUUUUUUUACGGCUGAGAAAUAUUCCAUUGUAUGUAUAACCACAUCUUUAUCCAUUCAUCUAUCGAUGGACCCUUGGGUGGCUUUCAUAUUUUGGCUAUUAUAAAUAAGGCUACAAUAAGCAUAGGGGUGCAUGUAUGUUUUUGAAUUGGUGUUUUUGUUUUUCUUUGGGUAAAUACCCAGUAGUGGAAUUACUGGCCUUAAUUCUGUUUGGCGAGUAGUGCCCAGUUUGCUCCGAAUCCUGGGUGAACAUCAGAAGUGAAAUUUUGGUUUGAGUCUGACAUUCCAGUUCUGACAGCAUGUCUAGAAAGGAAGUGAGAAUUGAAAUGUUUUGUAAAAUAUAGAGGGAGAGGCCAAAAGGGAAGAAACUAACCUUUCCAGCCUUGCUAUGAACACCUGGAAGGGUGAAUUUUCAGCAUCAACUAUCAGGACAAGAAAAGUAAAUACCAUUAUCUUCUUUUACACCAACUUCAAUUCUUUUUCUUGUUUUUUUCUUUACAAACACAGCCCCUCUCUCUGGAGCUCACUGCCAUGUCCCAUAAACUUUUCUGGAUGCCUUCCUGCUCUCAAAAAAGUCUGAGAGGUAGGGGUUACACAUAUCCUAACUACUAACCACUAAAAGAAAAACUUAAUGCUUCUCUUAAUUACAGUGUUGAGAACAUAAACUAGCCUAUGGCUCUGAAAAGACCCAGGAGUGCCUCCAAACAGGCUUUGUUCAUUAUGAUAGGCCUAUGUAUUUAUUGGGGAUACAAUGACAGAAAUGUUAUGUCUUCCUCCAUUAGGGAGCCUAGAUUUUACUUUGAUAGACAUAUACUUUUUCUCAGAUUUCUGAAAAGUAGACCUUUUUUUUCUACCCCUACCCUCUCCCGUGCCUCCAGAAAGCACAUCAAUAAAGCCAAACUUUGGCAGAAAAGGAAAAAUGUAGAGCAGAAAUGAAUGUCUAAUAACUGAAAGCAUCGUGGACCUUAUUAUGGUUUAUUGCCUUAUUCGAGGGGUCCGAUGAGCACACUGUAAAGAGUGUGGCACUAAAUUUAUUAGCAUGGUUAUCAUAUUUCAGACAAGACAUAAAACUGAGGGGACCCACUUCUUCCAUCCCAUGGCACCUUCUACAAGAAGAGUCGAGUUAUCCUGGCGCAGAUCCAGAUCCUACUAUCUGAUGACUUACAUUUCCUUUGUAGUAUGCCUGGGAGACAUUAGAGGGUCUUCCUCUUUGAAACUCAGUCACUACCAUAAGCACGGCCAAAACGGGCUUCUGCAAAGGGAUGUGGGAAAAAAUUCUCACAUCCCAGCAUGUGGAUCAAGUGAACAGAAUGAGCAGUGUGGCCUGAAGUAGGAAGCCGAGCUAGAUCACCAAAGUGUUCCUAGUUUGUCACUGAAUAGUUUCCUGACUCACCUGACCAUAACAACUGCUCAUUAUUUGUGUGAAAACCCACACAGAUUCCAAACUGGCUGCUCCAUAGCAAGUUUUUCUGAACUCCAUGCACUGCAGCCUCUGCCUCAAAAAAAAAAAAAAAAAAAACAAGUUUUAUUUACUUUGACUUGUCCUUAUCACCUUUAGGCUUAAUUCCAGAAUAUUUCCCUAGAAGACUUAAAAGAAAGAAAAUUACUCAUGCAAUAUUGUGCAAAUCACUUUGUCUCCACUUUCAGCUUCUUCACCUCUAAAAUGGAAAUCAUUUAAAUAUGCCCUGCCUUUCUUUCAAAAUUAAUGAGGAUCAAAUAAAAUGAUGUCUGCAAAAGUGCAUGUUUUUCUCUUUUAAAGCACUUUACGAAAUCAAGUUGUUAUCAAGUUAUGAUGGGUAUAAAUUUGUGUUGGACUCAGAUAAAUACACCAUAUGGAUUUCUUGUUUCUUUCUUGUGGAACUCCACUAAAAGGCAAAGUCAAGAAUUUAAAAGGUAUGAACAUACAAGGACAAAGAAUAAGGAAAAGAGACACUGGCAAUUGAGUGAUUUCAGUAAACGUUUUAGGAGAUGGGAGGCAGACAGGGGAGAGUGGGAUCGGCAGUGUAAUGGAAGUUUCAAACUGACUUAAAAAUCCUAAGAGAAUCAAGGUUCAGAGGCAAGGUGUGGCAGAAGAUGGUUGUCACAGUGAGCUGCAAAACUGACCCUGAGGAGACUGAGUCAAAGUUUAUCUACAGAAGAGCUGAGCCCUCCUAUCCUUGCUCCCAGCCUGUGAGGUCCUUUGUGGUAGGUUAAAGAUGGCCACAAAUUACCUGACACUUCUCUCAUCAAGAGGUGGGGAUAUCUCCUUCUUGAAUCUGGGCAGGUCUAGACUCCUUUGACCAAUUGAAUAUGGUAGAACUGGCACUGUAUAGAUUUUCAGGCCAGCUUUAUCUUAGAACACGUGUUUUUGAAACCCAACCACUAGGUGCAGAAGCUUAAGACACAUGAAGAGAGUAUUUGAAGCUCAGCUUCCAGCUGUAGCCAGCAUUGACUACCAGCCUUGUGAGUGAGUCAUCAGGGGCAUUUCUUCCUGUUGAGCAUCCAGUGAUCCCAGCCCCAGGUGCUGUCUUACUGCACCAGCAUGAGAAACCUCUAACCAAGGAAGAACCACUCAGCUGAGUUCAGGCAACUCACAGAACCAUGAGAGGUAGUAAUAAUAAUAAAAGAUUAAGCUACUCAGUUUUGGAAUAGUUUUUCAUGCAACAAUAGACAACUAGAACACCAGGUUACACCAGGCAACCUUAAACCUCAUCUGACCUAACUUGACCACUGAAAAAGUUUAUUCUUUCACGAAAUUAAGCCCCAAAUUUUGACAAUUAGGCUUAACAUACUGUGUUAUAGAUUAUCCUUCAAUGAACUAUUUUAAAUGUUUAAAUUAGGUGAUGCUUAAAUUUAUUUUAUUAUACCAUCAAUAGCCAAUUACAAAGAACCAAGUAUUUCUAGGAAAGAAAAUAAGAAAGAAAGAAAGAAAGAAAGAAAGAAAGAAAGAAAGAAAGAAAGAAAGAAAGAAAGAAAGAAAGAGAGAAGAAAGAAAGAAAAGAAAGGAAAGAAAGAGGAAGGAAGGAAGAAGGAAGGAAGGAAGGAAGGAAGGAAGGAAGAAAGAAAGAAAGAAAGAAAGAAAGAAAGAAAGAAAGAAAGAAAGAAAGAAAGAAAGAAAGAAAGAAAGAAAAGAAAAGAAAAGAAAAGAAAGAAAGAAAAAAAGAAAGAAAUUAAACCCAGAAAUCUUUGAAUUUCAGGACAACCAGGCCAAAUAAAGACAGAAAUGAGGCAUGGUGCUAAUAAAUGAAAAUCUUCAUACUGAACAAAGAGUUCACCCAGCCUUUUUCACCCUCACAGAAGACUAGUAGCUUUCCCCCCAAAAAAUGUAUAGGGGAUUCUUGGGAAACUUAAUAGCCCUGGAGAAAAGAUCAUUAAAUAUUAACAUUUGGGAAUUCCCCCAAUUAAAAGGUUGCCUCACCACCAGAUUAGCUUGCAGUGAAGGAUACCAGCUUAAUAACCUUCUCGCACACAGAUCUUCUCAACUGGCUUAUUAGAGCUCUUAAAUAUAACACACCACUAAGAAUCACCAGUAUCUUGGGAGAGCCAGAAAUUAAUGCACACAUACACACCUAAGAGAGCCAGAGUUAAACAGAGACAAUAUAGAGAAUAGGGGAAAAAAGAUUACAUCCAUGAAACAAAAGCAGAAUAUUAUUUUUUUCAAGUAGGCUCUGCACCCAAUGUGGGGUUCAAACUUACGACCUCAAGAUCAAGAGUCACAUGCUCUACCAACUGAGCCAGCCAGGCGCCCCAGAACAUUAUUUUAAAAUAGAGAGAGGGAAGGACAACAAGCAGAGACUCUUUAGAAACAACAACAAAUGUGACUGCCCAAAUUUAAAAUUCAUGGGAAGAUACAUUAGUUUACUAUGAAUUCGUGGCUUAAAACAACACACAUGUAUCAUCCUACAGUUUCUGUGGGUUAGGAGUCUGGGCACAGCUUAGCUGGGUCUUCUGUUCACAGUCUCACAAGGCAAUGAUCAAUGUAUCAGCCAGGACUAGGUUCUCACAGAAGCUAGAGUAGGGAAAAACCUCUAAGCUCCUUUAAGUUAUUUGCAAAAUUCAUUUCCUUGCAGCCAUAGAUCCAUGGCAGCUUGCUUCUUCAAAGCUAGCAAUGGAGAGAGAGAGACAGACCCCGGCAAGAUGGGAACUACACUUUUAUGCAAUCAUGUUCCCGUGGUGAUCACAUGCAUCCUGUCCCCUGUGCCACAUUCCAUUUAUUAGAAGCAAUUUCCAGGUCCCAGCCACACUACAGAGAAGGGUAUCGUGCAAAGAUACGAAUACCAGGAAAUAGUAUUCUUGGGGAAAUCACUUAAAACAUCAUGGAAAUAAGGAUAAGUGUGUGUGUGUACAUGUAUAUAUUUGAAUAUAUAUAUUUUUUAAAAAACUAAAUUAAUGAGAAAAGAUCAAAUUGGUACCUCCAGGAUCAGCUGAACAACAAAGGAAACCUAAAUUCAGCAGUCAAUAGUAAUUGAUGGUCAUAACAAUGUAAACUCUGAUUGUUGAUGUAAUCAAAAUUUGUGGCACAAAUUGUGUAGGGUGGAGUGAGUGAAACGGAGAAUGAACUACCUGUCUUCUUUAUCAUAACACAGUGUUGGCAGACAAUAUGUAAACUUAAAAGUAAGAAGUAGAAAGAUGGAUGCAAGGGCAGAAGAAACAGACAUUUUCAGCAGUCAACUCUGAGAAAUGAGACUGAAGGAGUCAAGUAGAAUUGCUGGGACAAGAGACUGAUGUUUUUCAUUGUAAGCCUUUAUUUUUUUUUUUUUUUUUUUUUUUUUUUUUUUUUUUUUUUUAUUU